CGCUUUUACGUUGAGGACUGCAGCCUGAAGGUUGUGCAGUUUUAUUGAGAAAAAAAACCGAAAACAAGAAGAAUUUGGGUACUACGCCACUCCUAUCGUCUUCAAGGGGGGUGACCGGUACCUAUAUUUCGUGUGCGCCACGAAAUGGAACUUCCAUGAGGGGUGCUUCCUCGGAGUUAAAGUCGUGCGUCAUCUUUCCUGGUUGUAGUUCCUCUUUGGCCGUGCCUCUCUUUUGUGACACUUCGACAUAAGCUAUCACUCCUCCUCGACCAAACUCCAUGGCUCUCCGAGACCAGCAACAGCUUCAGGCCAUUAAUCAGAUAGCAGAUUCCCUCAGCAGCUGUGAACGCAGAACGCUGUUCUACUUGUGUGACAGCCUGGACCCAGACAACAGUGAAGCUCGUAUGAAGGAGAUGCUGAUAACUAAAGUCAUGCGGCACGACGCAGGUCACCUGUUGCUGCGAGAGCUCAUGCUGAGACUGGGGCGGUUUGAUAUCCUGAGGAAGGUCUGUAAAACCAGCAGGGACGAGGUGGAGAGGAAUCUGACCUUCAGGCAGGUUCUGCCAAGGUUCAGAGUCUUGAUGUCUAAUAUAAGUGAAGAUAUGGUGGAUGAAGAUCUGAACAAUGUGAAAUUCUUGUUGAGCAGCAGAAUACCUCGUGAGAAGAUAGACAAAGCAAAGAGUUUCCUGGAUGUGAUUAUUGAACUCGAGAAGCUGGAUGAAGUUUCACCCGACAACGUUGACAUCGUGGAGGAAUGUUUGGUUGGCAUUGGCAGGCUCGACCUCGCCAAAAAAGUCACUGCGUACAAAACGCCAGUUGUGACAUCUGAACAACAUCCGCCUCAACAGCAAAGGUUCAGAGCUCCUCUUUCCUUCUCUGCUUCAAAUACCUCCCAUCAUUUCCAGCCAAUAAGACGAGAACAGUCCCGUCACAGCGCGACAGGAAACAUACCAGCGUGUGUAUACAGAGAGCAGAGCUGUCAGAGUCAACUAGAUUGUUACAGAUUUAACACCAAUCCCAGAGGAGUUUGUGUCAUCAUAGACUGCGUGGGUAAUGACGGAGAUGUGUUGGAACAGACAUUCAGGGCACUCCACUUCAACGUGCUCCUCCACAAGUGGCUGAGUAUUGAGGAGACCCUCUCUACUCUCAGAGGGAUAAUCAGACAGAGGGAGAACUUUGAAGGUGACGGCUUUGUCUGUUGCAUCAUUAGCCGUGGUACGACGAAUCACCUGCUGGGUACCAACUCUGACAGCGCAGGUCUGCCUCUGGACAGUGUCAGACGUCUCUUCACCGCUGAUGCGUGCCCCAUGUUGGCCGGCAAGCCCAAACUCUUCUUCAUCCAGAGGUACAGUGUCCCCGAGCCUCAGCCCUCUGCCAGGGUGGAGCACCGGGAUGAGGAUCUGGAGACGGACGGAUGUGAUGUGCUGCCUAGAAGAGACAUCAUCCCCACAGACGCGGAUGUGUUCUGGAGCCACUGCUGGACAAAACAACGCCUACUGGAGCAAGGACACCAUCGCUCCGUUUACGUGAAGGCGCUGACAGAUGCCUUACAGAAAGGCCAAAGAAGGAAAACACACCUUCUUGAUGUUCACACUGAAGUGAACAGGGCCAUCUUUGAGCACAACGAGAGGAAUCCUGGAGAAAUAUACAACAUCGAUCUGAAGCAUACUCUGCGGAAAGAUCUGUACUUAAAAUAGAGAGUUUAUCAUCUGCUCACUAAACUCUCCAUACUGUCAGCCACAUGUUAUCAUUGUAUAUGUUUUGCCAUAGAAGAACCUUUUUUUUUUUGCCUUGUAUACACUGACACCUGCUGGUUGUGUAAACUCAAAACACUUUUUUGCAGAUGAAGAAUUUAACUAUUAUUUACUGUUUGAAAUUCUUUUUCAAUGUUUGUCACAUAUUUGGCUCACAAAUGUACACACACAAAUGUAAUCAUAACAAUAUGACCUGCACUUCACAAUGCAAACAACAGCAGACAGCCACACACACACACACACACACACACACACACACACACACACACACACACACACACACACACACACACAGUCAGAGCCUUGCAGUCAAAACAAUAUCAGUUCCUGCAAGACAAAACACAUUUAGAGUUAUCUAAAGGGCAGCACGGAGUCAAAUCAUGUUUAGAUUAUGCUCACCUUACUGUACAUAUAUGUAUGUAACUGUACAUAUAUAUAACGUUUUUUGUUUUUUUGAUGUAUAAAUGUGAAUGGCCUUGUCUUGCCUAGCGCAGUGCAGCUAAAACAGGUAUGUAGAGACAGUAUUUUUAUGUUUUAAUUAUUUAAAUCAUUUUAUAUUGAAGUCAACACUACAUUUGAUCUAUCUGUCUAUCUGAUCCAUCUGUUGGUCUUUACACUUUUAAUUUUCCCAUGUAUCAAUCACUUUUUCAUUAGCCGCAUCUCGAGUGCCUUGUCUCAGUGCCUCUCUCUGCUCUGCUAACAGAGAGUAACAGUAGCUAACAUUAGUUUAGAGUUGGAGUCUGCUAACAUUAACUGUGGACUGACUUCAGGCACAACACAGAAGAUUUAAUAUUAAUGAAUAUCUGUCAGUUCACUAUAUAUGAAGAGAGAAUAUGCACUAUUAGCUUAUAUUACAUAUAUAUAAUAUAUAAAGGCUACCCAAGUAAUUACAUGUUUAAGUGUAAUUUUAAUGUAGCUAAGCUAUUUCUCAGUUGCAGCUCAACAAUAUAGUCAAACAAUUUUGUUUUUCAAAAUAGAAAGAACACAUUCCUGGUAGGAAUCCAGCGUAUGUCUACUUUUAUACCUUUUUAUAUAUGAUCUUUCUUACAUUUUCACUUGAAUUGUAUCUUUUGUAUUGUGUUUCUUGUGUUUGCUGCAUUGCAAUAAAGUUAAAGAGCAUGAUUAAAAA